CGCUUCUUGUUUAAUGGCCGCCUAAGUUAGUGUUAGAAGAAAAUUCGGGGAGUAUAUUAUCCAAACAGCCGGGGGUGUAAAUUAUAAUAUUUCUUUUAUUGUGAACAUAUUUUUAAUUUAAAAAAAAACAACUAAAUAAUGUUAAAAAGACUUUAUUGUUAAUUACUUUUAAAUUAUUUGAAUUUAAAAUUUAGUUCGUUGGAAAAAAAAACUCUACGAUCAGAAGAGUUUGUUUUCUCAUUCUCACGGAAGUGUUCGCGUUUUUAUUCUCAAAAUUAAAAGUUUUCUUUAAAUUUUCAUUUUGCUUAAAAAAAAAAAAAGAAAGAAAAAACUCAAUUUCUCCUUGAAACGGAGAAAAGAAAAUAGAAAAAUGAGUUCAAAUAAUGUUCAGGCAUUGUUUGCCUGUUCGAGAUGUUUUUCACGACAUCCCUUCGAGGAAUUAUCACCAGGACAACAACUUUGUAAGGAAUGUCGAGGAACAUUUCCGGUAGUCAAAUGUACCUAUUGUCGAUCGGAAUUCCAGCAGACAGUAAAAGGAAACACGAGCACAAUUUGUAAAAAAUGCGAGCAAAAUGUGAAAUCUUAUGGAAAACCAUCGGCUUGCGAAUAUUGUAAUACAAUUGCGGCCUUUAUUGGCAGUAAAUGUCAGCGUUGCACAAAUUCUGAAAAACGAUAUGGACCGCCAGUGACUUGCGAGCAAUGCAAGCAAAAAUGUGCCUUCGACCGACAAGACGAAGACAAAAAGGUGGAUGGAAAACUUCUCUGCUGGCUUUGUACGCUAUCAUAUAAACGAGCGCUGGCAAAAACGAAGCAAACGGAAUCGGAGAGAAGAGCACACUUGAAAUUGGCUCAACAACGAGCCGCUAAGCACAAAGAACAAAAAUUAAAGGGUCAUAAUAAGAGACCGCAACGUGUUGAUGUCACGAAACUACCACCUCAAACUGAGCCAGAGUCUAAUGGACCAACGCCGGUGAAAAUUGCCCGAUUGGCCGGAGUUCACGAUCCUCACGAUCCAAAUAUUUCCGAUCAUGUCGUUGCUGUCACUCAACUCAAAGAAACAAUAGCUAAUUUACAAAAGCAAAUUACUAUACGCGACAGUCAAUUACUAACCAAGGAUAAAAUGAUUCAUGAAUUGAAGGCGAAAAAUUUCACCGCCGAAAAUGAAUUACGCAAUAAAAUGAAAUCAACGGAAAAAGAAUACGAGGCAAAAAUAUCAUCGAUGCAAUUGAAAAUAUCAAAUUUGCUCAAAGAAGUGGCAACAUUGUCAAAAAGUACAAAACGUGAUAGAAUUGCAGCGACAAAAAAUGAGGCAAAAAGUGAAAACAGUGGAAGUGGUACCGACAGUCCUGUACCAUGAGACAACAACAUCAUAGAACAAUAAUAAUUGAUUUUUCUUCUUCUUCUUCUACUCUUCUUCUUAUUUUGACAAAAAAAAUAAAAACAUACACAAAAAACAUAUUACAAUAAAACAAAAAAAAAAACAAUGACAAAAAAACACCAUAUUCUCAACGGCUAUUCAAAUUUGGAACUCUGCGAAUUUAUGAAGAAGGUUUAGUAACAUUUUUUUUACUUUGUAAGAACAAUAAUUAAUUAAUUUUUUUUUUUUAGUGAUAAUUACCUUUUUUUAGCCUAUUUAAACAAAUUUCUUUUUUUUGUUUAAUUUCUCGUCUCUAGUUAUUGACUAAUUAAUAUUUGAUUUUAUGUCUCGCUGGCAUUUAGAUAAUUAUUUGUACUUAGGUUGCAAUUUUUUUUUGUUCUCGAAAAAAAAAAAUUCUCUUUUUAAAUAAGAAAAUUUUAUCUUUCAACAUUUCAUUGUUAUUUAUUGCUUCCGUCGAUGAUACAUAUAUAUAUAAAGAAAAAAAAAAAGGUUGUAUUAUUUUUCUAAUUAGUUUAGAAAUAUCGAUGGACAAAAAUGAUAUGUUGGAUGAUUGUUUUUCUUUUUUUAAUAUUUGGCUUACGUUUAAUUUCUUUUUUUUUCUGAUAAUUAUUGAAUCAGCGAAUUUAACAAUAAUGAAAAUGAAAAGAAAAAAAAAAGAUUAACGAUGAAUUUAAGAAAAGAAAAUCUAUGUCUUCUCCCAAGGUUUAUCCUUGAUUAGAAGUACGAUAACUACGAUAUUUUACUAUUUAUAAGUACUGUAAACCACGAAAAAAAAACCUGAUUAAAACCUUAAAAAAAAAAAAAUUACGGUGAUUGUAGGAACAAUUUUCAAUAAAAUUAUCAAAAACUUUGAA